CCUACAGCAGAGCGGUCCCCGAUAACCGACAUCGACAAAACUCACUGGAAAUACUCAUUUAUAUAGCAUCAUACAACUUCUCAAAAAUGGCCGAUCCAGCUUUAGAACUGGCAGAAACCAUCCAAACCGCCUCAAUCAAGCGGGAUCCAUCCCCGAGACGCGACAUCAAUCCUCCAACCGCCGCCUCGGAGAAGCGACCAGUGGCACGACGCUCUUCCUCCGAAGCUGACAGCAUCCCUUCUGAUAUUGUUGACCCCAGUCGCAUGAUUAGGCCCGUCUCACGCCGUCAUACUCUUCCUCCGCUGCCCGAUCUGCGCUUCGAACAGAGCUAUCUCGCCAGCUUGCGAGGUGCCGAUACAUGGGGACGAGUUGCAUGGAUUACCAUCCGGGACCAGGUUCUUCUACCACUUAUUCAGGGUACUCUUUGGACACUUGCGCUUUCUGGCUGGCGUUACUGGAACCGCACAGCUUCUCUCAGUGGCCAGACGCUCGGUAGCAGACUACGAAGGUGGUGGUACGAAGUCAAUAAUUGGAAGCUCCCUCCCCUGGGUACAACAAAGGACCCUCGACUUGCUGCCAAGGUCGAAGACUUCUUACAGUUCUACACGGCGCAAUUCUCGAAUGCGGGUGCAGACUAAUCUCUCUAAAUCAACUUUUCCAUAUUGCGACGGGGACUCGAACUGCAUUAUUGGAGUUAGGGAUUUGGCGUUCUUUACUUCUUCAUUAUCAAUGUCAU